AUGGUCGAUCCAUCAGUUGCGGGUUUUGUUAACAAGCUUAUGGAGUUUACUUCCCGCAGCUACAGCGAGGCAAAAGUACUGCCAAGCCUUUUCGCACCAAAACAAACAAAUGAAUAUGGCAUGUCAUUCGAGAGACCGAAAUUGAAAAGUGCAGCAGACCCAGCUCAUAUGUAUGUUGUGUCCGGAUGUGAUGUUGUGGAUCAACGUUUGAGAGUCUCAGAUGUAUAA